AUGUCCGCACCCAGAGCUUACCAAUUUAUCGCCUUGAGGCGUUUGGCAGGUGGCAGCAGCCGUCGCCAGCUUCACAUGACUGGCCCUGCUACAUUCCCUUCAGCAUUGCUUACUUCUGAGCGUCCUGUCUCGAAUCUUCCACGUGAUAUUGCGGGCCUCAGAGCCGAGUGUAAGAGACGCAAGCUGGACUUCUCUGGCUCGAUGCACGAUCUCAUGGGCCGUAUCUCUGCCGAUGAUCUGGCUCACUCUCGUGCCUUUACCACUGCUAUCAAUGCCAGCAAGCGUCCCAAUGCUGAGCAGAAGGACGAGGUCAAGGCAGUGCGUCACUUCAACACUAGCCGUGCUCUGAAAGCUGUAAACGACAGCUCUACCAUCGACUUUGCUUACUUCCCCGACUUCGAUCCUGACAAUGUUGAGGGAUCCGCCGUUCGUGUCCCUCUGGUUCCCACCAACUUCAGUCCUGCACGUGUUGGCGCCCACAGUCUUGAGACAGCCGAUGGGACGAUCAUGAAAGCAGAGAUCAACAGCGUGGCAGCUGACAAGAUCAUAAGCAACUUUUCGGAAGUUUCUGACAACAAUGCUAUGACGAUCGACUUCCACGGCAUGGCAGAGCGUAUCGCAGCAGUCACUCAGAAGGUUGCUCAGGUUCCUGUGGCAGAGCAGACUAGCAUCCUGAAGCAGCUGUGGAAAGGCGUUGUCGAGGACUUUCAGGGAGGUCACACGAAAGUCGUCGUGGCCUAA